CAUUAAUUUAUAAAUCAAGUUUUUAGAAUCAGCUUAGAAUCGAGGUUAUAAAUUCCGUUUCCAGGUCAUUAUAACAGCGCCCCAUAAAAAAAGAAAUGAUUUGUAUUACAAGUCGUAAUUAGUUUUCACAUUAUUUGUAGCACUUAGCUCGAAUUAUAUUGCAUGUCCAUAUCUAGUUGUCUUUUCUUUGUACUGAGAUGAACGUUUCUGUGUAUAAAUGUUCCGUCCACUUAAGAAAUAAAAGACUUGAUGUCACAAAUUGAUUGUCUUGUGAGAUAGUACAUAAGGGAAGUAAAACAGCACAAAUAGAUUUGAAUAACUGAUCACUCAGCGAUGUGAGUAAACUGUUCUUAAAUUAAGAAUAAAACUAUAUCUUUAAUUCAAGUUUACGAAGGAGACUUAGUUCAAGAGAUCUGCAUAUUUUAAUACUUUUAUUUUACAGCCACGAUGUAUAAUGAAACCAAUGUUUACAAAAACAUUACAAGCGAUGAAAGAAGAGAAUAUUUGUCAGUGUUACAGCAAGAGUCAACCAUUGCCUUUAUACCAACGUUUGUGUAUUUAGGACUCUUGGCCAUUGUUGGUAUUCCAGGCAAUAGUUUGGUAAUCAUUGUUUAUCUGACCAAGAUGACAAUGAAACCUUUAAAUAUUUUUAUAAUAAGCAUGGCUGUCAUUGACCUAAUUACUUGUUUAGUGAUUUUACCAGGAAUUCUAUAUUUCCUACUUCAUAUGUGGGAUUUCAAUGAUCCACCAGCGUGUCAGUUUUUCUUUGCCUUAAUUACUCUACUGGUGAUGUCGUCGGCUCUUAUGUUGGUCUCAAUAGCAAUUAUCAGGUACAUGAAGAUGUGCCACCCUUUUAGAAAACAAGUGACCUUGAGGCAAACUAAAUUGAUUUGUUCUUUAAAUGUCCUCAUGGCGACAGUGUUCUCAAUACCCCACGGAAUUCUGCAAGGAAAACGCAGCCGAAAGACACAAAAUCCAAACAUUGUUGGUUAUUCUUGUAAAGUGGACGACAGCUACAGUGGAACCAUUUGGUCGACUUUAAACUCUGCUUUUUUAUUUCUUUUUUUUUUGGUAUUAAGCUUCAUAGUCACAUUUUGCUAUGUACGUAUCGGGUGUGUCAUUCGAAGACAUGGAAAGAAUGUCAAUCAAAUUAAUGAUUUAUCAGCUGCAGCCAAAAUUUCUAAAAAUGCAGAAAAGCAACACAAAAAUGUGAAAGUUACAGACUUGAAAGGUAGAAUGCAUAAACAAAUUUGCUCAACAUUUGGGAUUGAGAAUGAAUCUGAAAGUGUGGUUAAACCUGUAACAAUUUCAGACCUCAUUGACAUAAAUACCGAAACAAUAAGUAACAAUUGUAUUAAUACGAAUUUUGAAAAUUCCAUUUCCACUGACAGACCUGAUAGAGAAGAUAUCUCAGAUAACAUCGCCCUAGAUGACUUCAUAAUCGAACAGAGAUUUAGCCCAAGUUAUGCCAAACACGUUCCCGCCCUUAAUAAACACAGAAAGCAGUUAAACAGAACACAUCUCAUGAUGUUGACAGUGACACUUGUGUUUUUUCUGGGAUUUCUUCCUUUUCUUGGUUUAAAUGUUCUUCUUGCUGUAUCUCCAGAGACAGUGGCCUCAUUCAAAGGAUGGUCCUUGGCAAUGUAUCAGUUGUUUUUAGAGUCCUAUCUUGUAAACUGUGCUGCUAAUCCAAUCAUUUACGGUUUGAUGGCUAAGAAGUUUAAAGAUAUUUGUAUUCAAAUGUUUAAAAUCAAACUUUGAGUGCACACUCACACACACACAUACAUAUAAAAAUGUGUUAACAUAGACCUACUUACACUAAGGUUCUUCCACGCCUUUUGACUCACAUAGCGGCGACUCUCUUAUGUCGCCUAUAUUUUGUUCAUGUUUAGCUCCCUUUAUUCUGAGAUAUCAAUGUGAUAUAAAUUAAUAGCAAGAAAUCUCACAUUGAUCAAGCCAAAUAUGUUGUUCCCUGUCUAUAAAUGCGUUCAAUAAUGUUUUAUUCCUCAUUGUUAAAGAUUUUUAAAUUACGAAUGUUUGAGUGAUAAGAAUUGUUAUGAAUUUACUAAUAAAAACAUUUUAAUGGUAAACAAAUCUUUGU